UAAGCCAAAAGCAACCAAAAUAAAAAUAAAACAUGGUGGUGGUGAAGUUGCUUUAGCCGCCGCCGGAGAUUUUUGGUUUUGAGAGAGAACAAAAACAAAUGGCGGCGUGGAAGUCGUGGAUCGUGGCGGAGAAAGCACGGAGAUGUGUACGGACGAUGUUCUUUGUCGCAGCAAUGAUGGCGUCUCUGUUAGCUUCGUCUCUGCCGGUUCUUAUCACGGUGGCUGAUGUGGUCGUUCCUUGUCUUAUCGUCUCUAGCAUCACGUGCCUCACGUGCCACUACUCCGCUGCAGAGCAUCUUCGUCAUUACAGUUUCAAGAGCUCUCUCGUUGAUGUACCUCUCAUCUCCUUCCUCAGAUCUCUCGUCAUUACCUGUCUCUAUUGGUUCUGUGAAGACGCAAGAUUAGCUUAUGGUGUUUAUCUUGAGACUGUGAUGUUAUCUUCCUUUGGAGGGAUACUUCUUCUUUUGGUUAAGACUUGUGUUUUCACUGUGAAUUCUCAUCUUGAGGCUAAGGUCUAUAACCUCAAGAUCUCAUGGGGAAUGCCAAUUUUGUUACUUUCCUCUGUGGUUUUUGGACUAGCUCAUGUUGUGGUAGCUUAUCGAACGAGCUGUGGAGCUAGAAGGAAGCUAAUGUACCACAAGAUUGACCAAGAAGCUGUUCUUUCAUGUAAAUCUGGUUUUUCUGGUUACAAGAAGGCUUAUCGUCAAUCUUUUACUCGAUCAAACUGCAAAAUCUUAACCUAUGGCGGUGAAUUCAGACAAAACUCUUUCAGGGGAACAUCUUUGGAUAGAGAGGAGCUGCAACCAAGACUGCUUGCAAAUGCAGACAGUUUAUUCAUCAAGAUCCAAGGCUUAACUGUCCAUUACAAGCAGUGUACUUCACCGUCUAUUCUUCCUCAUACUUCAUCCGUUAGUUCUGCAGCGGAAAUGAAUGUGAGUAGGCCUAGAGUACUAGACAAGCAGAUGUCAAACUUAAUCUCCCAAACUCAGAGCAGUCAUUUGCAUCGAAGCUACACUAUUCAACCCGAUAGAUCAUCGUUAUAUGAUCCUCUGUUAGCCAGUUACCAAACCACACCCAUUAGCCUUUUCAAUAAGGAUGAUAUAAACCAAGUGGAUUCUAUGAACCCUGGGGAGAAUUUGGAGGGGAAUGAGGAUGUUGGUAUAGUUCUAGUUCAUGGAUUUGGAGGAGGAGUCUUCUCAUGGAGACAUGUAAUGGGAAGUUUGUCUCAUCAGCUAGGUUGCAGAGUUGUUGCAUAUGACCGGCCUGGUUGGGGAUUGACCUCUAGGCCUAUCAGGAAAGAUUGGGAGAAGAGAAAUCUAGCAAACCCUUACAACCUCGAAAGCCAGGUCGAUCUACUUCUUUCCUUUUGCUCGGAGAUGGGAUUUUCUUCAGUGGUACUUGUUGGCCAUGACGAUGGUGGUUUGCUUGCUCUCAAGGCUGCCGAAAGAAUACAAGCAUCUACCUUAAAACCCAAUAUCAGAAUCAAAGGGGUGGUUUUGAUAAACGUUAGCUUAUCAAGAGAAGUAGUUCCUGCUUUUGCUAGGAUACUUCUUCAUACUUCACUCAGGAAGAAGCACUUGGUCCGUCCUUUAUUGCGAACCGAGAUAACCCAAUUGGUGAACCGGCGUGCAUGGUGUGACACCACCAAGCUAACCACUGAUGUCACAAUGCUCUACAAAGCUCCACUAUGUUUAGAAGCUUGGGAUGAAGCACUCAAUGAGAUAAGCAAGUUAUCAUAUGAAAUGAUACUUUCAUCUCAAAAUGCAUCAGCUCUGUUAAAAUCCAUGGGGGAGCUUCCAAUGUUAGUUGUUGCUGGGGCUCAAGAUACUCUUGUUCCUUUAAAAUCCUCGAAAGCUCUGGCUUCGAAACUCAACAAUUCUAGACUAGUAGAGAUCUCUGGUUGCGGCCAUCUGCCACAUGAGGAGUGUCCUACAACACUUGUUUCUGCUCUGAGUUCCUUCAUUUGCAGACUGAUACCUAAACUACCAAACUCCUAAGACCACAUAAAACCAUGCCAAAGAAAGCGUUUGAUGAAACACCGUCUGCAAGAUAUCAAUGCUCUCAACACAAGAAUGUGACUUUUCGUGGUUCAUUCGUCUGAGUAAAUCAGGCAUCAGUAAAUUCUUAAAGGGAUCAAAACUCCAACCUGAAUCGCUACAACGAGAAUUGCUACAAAGAGGCUUACUUGGGAAGCACAAAGUUGGAGCGACUGCGUUCAAUUAGGCCAUGGGAAUAUUAUCAGCCCAACGUUUCUCAAACACAACCUGUCGUUUUAUUAUGAAUAAAUGUAAAUAUGAUUCCUGUUCAGUGAAAAUACAAAUCUUUACCAAUGAAUUUGCUUUCAUGCU